AGUAACAAAUCUGGAGUAUUAGAUACAUUCGAGAUAUACUUCAUAUAUUUUCUUUCGAACUUGACCUCGCUAGUUCACCGAAGAUAGUUCUCUUAAUGGUGAUUCUCUAAUAAUUCAAUUUCGUUUAUUGACCUCCUAAAGGAAACAUCAAUUAAAAAAUGGCUGUAGCUGUUAGAACAUUAUCAAAAUUUACAGUUAGAAAAUGUGGUAAUUUAUUACGUACUCAAAUAAGAUUUAACUAUGUAGAUACUAGAAAAAACUUGAAAAUUGAUUCCAAUACCAAAGUUAUAUGUCAAGGUUUCACUGGUAAACAGGGGACAUUUCAUUGUCAACAAGCCAUUGAAUAUGGUACUAAAAUAGUAGGUGGUGUUAAUCCCAAAAAAGCUGGUACACAACAUCUUGGAAAACCAGUUUAUAAAAAUGUAAAAGAGGCAAAAGAAGCCACGGGUGCUACUGCAUCUGUCAUUUAUGUUCCUCCUCCAAGUGCAGCUGCAGCUAUUAUGGAGGCAAUAGAUGCUGAAAUGCCAUUAAUUGUAUGUAUUACUGAAGGUAUUCCACAACAUGAUAUGGUCAAAGUUAAAAGACGACUUUUGGAGCAAAAUAAAUCUCGUUUAGUUGGUCCAAAUUGUCCAGGAAUAAUAGCUCCAGAACAGUGCAAAAUAGGUAUUAUGCCAGGGCAUAUACAUCAAAAAGGAAAAAUUGGUAUUGUAUCAAGAUCAGGAACAUUAACAUAUGAAGCUGUAAAUCAAACAACACUUGCUGGUCUUGGACAAACACUUUGUAUUGGAAUUGGUGGUGAUCCAUUUCAUGGAACAAAUUUUAUUGAUUGCUUGGAUGUAUUCCUCAGGGAUCCAGAAUGUGAUGGUAUUAUAAUGAUUGGUGAAAUUGGUGGUAGUGCAGAGGAAUCAGCAGCGGAAUAUCUCAUUGAACAUAAUACUGGAAAUAAAACAAAACCAGUAGUAUCAUUUAUUGCCGGUAUCACUGCUCCACCUGGCCGAAGAAUGGGACAUGCUGGAGCAAUUAUUUCAGGAGGAAAAGGAGGUGCACAAGACAAGAUUAAUGCACUUGAAAAAGCUGGUGUAAUAGUUUCAAGGAGUCCUGCACAAAUGGGAAAUGAACUUUUAAAAGAAAUGACACGCCUUGGUUUAAUCUGUAAUUAAGAACAUAUGCCAUCUAUAAAUACACAUUUGUAGUUUGCCUCAUAUGGAUGUAUCUUCGUACAAUAAAUUGAAAGUAUAAACUA